AUUGCUGCGGCAGCAGCCACGGGGCGGGAUAAAACUUCAGCAGAGUGCGCCAGAAGAAAAAAAAAGCUCCUUUGACGUCAGCAACGGUAGGUUUCAGUAGUCCAAGAUGGCGGCGGAGAGCGGGUUGGUUAACAGAACUCACUUGGAGAACAACUACAGCCACGGACUCGAUGGCAAAGGCUCUAAAGGUGUCAAUGGAUUCAAAGAUUGCACCAUUUCCCAACGCAAGGCUCCAAAACCUGAAGCGAAAUCUGAAGAUGACAAUGAUUUGUUUCCCAGAACCAUGGAUUUGGGCGAAAAUAUCAGUCCCACCCCCGAACCAAAGGAAGGGAGUCAAGAAAAAGAUGUGAAGCCUGUGGAAGAGAAAAAAGUGGCCAGGCCCAUCCAGAUUGUCCAGGCAAAUGAGCACAACUUUGAGCUGAACGCCACAGCACUGGAGGAAGUCUUGCUGCAGAAACAUGUGAAGGACCUGAACGUGGUUGUUGUGUCUGUGGCUGGAGCCUUUAGGAAGGGAAAGUCCUUCCUGCUGGAUUUCAUGCUGCGCUACAUGCACAACCGGGAUAAAGACUCAUGGAUAGGAGGUAAUGAUGAGCCCCUGACUGGGUUCACCUGGAGAGGGGGGUGUGAGAGGGAAACCACAGGAAUUCAGGUCUGGAGUGAAGUGUUUGUGGUGGAGAAGCCUGAUGGCGACAAGGUUGCUGUGCUCCUUGUUGACACACAAGGAGCAUUUGACAGUCAGUCUACCAUAAAGGACAGUGCUACAGUUUUUGCCCUCAGCACAAUGACCAGCUCUGUUCAGGUGUACAAUCUCUCUUCAAACAUACAAGAGGAUGACCUGCAGCACCUCCAGCUCUUCACAGAAUAUGGCCGUCUUGCAAUGGAAGAGGUGUCUGAGAAACCUUUCCAGUCUCUAAUGUUCCUCAUUCGGGAUUGGUGUUUUCCUUACGAAUUCUGUUAUGGAAUGAAAGGAGGCAAUGAAUUUCUGGAUAAAAGAUUGCAGGUUAAACAUAAUCAACAUGAAGAGUUGCAGAAUGUGAGAAAUCAUAUCCAGCACUGUUUCUCCAACAUCAACUGCUUCCUGCUGCCACAUCCUGGCCUGAAGGUGGCUACUAACCCAAAAUUUGACGGCAGGCUGAGAGACAUCGAUGAAGAGUUCAAAAAAGAGUUGGCCCAGCUCGUGCCUCUUCUUCUGGCGCCGAGUCAGCUGGUAGAGAAAGAGAUCGGAGGCAACAAGGUCACCUGCAAAGAUCUUCUGGAGUACUUCAAGGCUUACAUAAAGAUCUACCAGGGAGAGGAGCUGCCUCACCCAAAGACCAUGCUGCAGGCAACAGCAGAGGCCAACAACCUGACAGCUGUGGCAGGAGCCAAAGACCUGUACAGCAAGAAAAUGGAGCAGGUCUGCGGUGGGGACAAGCCUUACGUCGCCCCGGCUGACCUGAAGCGCUGCCACGAGGAGAUCCGCGAUUACUCUGUGUCUUACUUCCGCUCUGUGAAGAAAAUGGGGGGCAAGGAGUUUUGCCAGCGCUACCAGAAUCAGCUGGAGUCAGAGCUGGAGGAAACCUACACUAACCUCUCCAAGCAGAACGAAGGCAAAAACAUCUUCUACGCAGCACGCACCCCUGCCACGCUUUUCGCUCUCAUGUUCAUCACCUAUGUGGUGUCUGGAGUGACGGGUUUCAUCGGCCUGAGCACCUUAGCCACACUGGCUAACCUGGUCAUGGGCGUGGCGCUGCUGUCGCUCUGUGCCUGGGGUUACGUGAAGUACUCAGGAGAGUUUCGGGAGGUGGGAACGAUUAUAGAUGAGGUGGCAGAAGCACUCUGGGUGCAGAGGAUGGUAAGAAAGGUGAGCGAUGUUGAUUCCAGUUUUUGUCUGCCUGCAUCAUAUCAUUUCCUUCUCUGUUCUGAUUUUAUUUAUCAUUUUAUUUAUUUUUCCAUCACUUCUUUCCCACGGCCUCUUCCAGUAUCAGUGCCUGGUUCUCCUCUGUUUAACUCCCCCGUUCCUCCCUGCUUUCCUCUCAGGUCAUUUCCGAACUUUUGGAGCCCGUCAGGAGCUGCCUGGCGUGGCCUAUUUCUUUCCUCCCUUCCCUCCCGUCAGAAGCAACACUGGAAUUGAAAGCUCUGUCUCCUCUCAACGACAACUACAAGAAGACCAACUAACUGCUGGUCAGCUGGUGGAUUUGCAGACUCGUAGACAUGUAUAUCUUGUAUCAAAACCUUCAGUUUGCUGGCCUCUUGAUUUUUAAUUUUCAGUCUGUUGAUGCUGGAUUUUUGUACUGGGUGUGAGCACGGAGCACGUCUGGGACACGGAGGCUGCACAAACGGUUUAUAAUUUUAUUCUGUGUGGAUAGAAACAAAGGUUUUCUUUUUCCUUGGCUUUGUUGUCACGCGUCUUAAGAGUUUUCAGUUGUUUCCCUGGUCAGCACUUUGAAAAAUACAUCCUUUUUUUGUUUUCGUUCCUUGCUUUUCUUGUGUGCUUUUUUGUUCCUUGCUUUUCUUCCCUAACCUACUUUAUUUCAGUUUCUGUCUCCUUUAUCGACUAUUUGUAACUGAUAAUCAGUUUGAUCAUCCGUUCAUGC